GCCCUGUUGGUUUUGGGUAUACUUUUUUGUUUAUCUACAUCUACAUCUACAUCUACAUCUACAUCUACAUUCGAUUACAUUCUGGUAUACUCAAUUUCUCUGAACCCUUCAUCGAAGAGACAUUUCAGCUGUUACUCAGUUACUACUAUUGCUAUCGUUCUAUUCUUCCCUCUGGGGUCUCAUAUCGACUAUACUAUACUAUACUAUACCUUUUCCUAUACACCACCCCAGCUGGUAUACAACCACCACCAACAAAAACCAUACAAACAAACCAAAAACAAUCAAAAUGCCCUCCCCAACCACAAUGACCACAAUGACCUCACCCACAACCCCCUCCCUCAAAUCCACCACCACCACCACCUCCACCAUCCACCCCGACCACGACGACGCCGCCUCCACCUCCAGCGUCUCCUCCACCGCCUCCACCCUCCGCUCCCUGAAGACGAAAUACCUGGCCAAGAUCAAGUCCGCGACGCCGGACGCCGACUCCAAGGAUCACGACAGCACCGCAGCCACAAAGACAACGACGAAGAAGGAGAAGAAAACGGUCCAGCACACGCCCACGAAAGCCAGCAGCGCCAGCCCCCCCGUCAGGAAGGUCGAUUAUGAGACGUUGGGGACGUAUCUUGCUCUGCGGUGAUUCCCUACGUUUCUGGGAUGAGUUGGGGAACGGGAAAGGGGAUACAGUUGGAGUGGAUAUAAAUGCAUGCUUUGGGGGC